AUAGUGGUUAGUGCUUGAGAAAUUGGUUUAAUCGUGAUGGCAUCUGGAGCCAAGUACGAGAUUGAGAAAUUUAAUGGUGGCAAAAAUUUCAACUUAUGGAGGUUGAAGAUGCGGGCCAUGCUAGUACAACAGGGGCUGUGGAAAGCACUAGAAAGGGAAGGCUACCGGAAACUCUACCAGAGGAAGAGAAGAUAGACUUGAAGGAGCGGGCGCUGAGUGCAAUUCAGCUCUCACUUUCUGACGAAGUCUUGGGGGAGGUUGCAGAAGAAAAUUCAGCUUCUGCAUUAUGGUCGAAGCUAGAAGCCCUUUACUUAACCAAAUUAGUCACUAACCGAUUAUAUCUGAAGAAACGGUUGUUCACCCUCAGUAUGAAUGAAGGUGGUUCCAUCAAAGACCAUCUUGAUGAGUUCAACAAGCUCAUUUUAGACUUGAAGAAUAUCGAUGUAAAGAUAGAAGAUGAAGACCAGGCAAUUAUUGUUUUGUGCUCAUUGCCUGACUCUUAUGACAACUUUGUUGAAACUCAUCUUCAUAGUAGAGAUCAACUCUCUAUGGAAGAUGUCAAGGCGGCCUUGAAUUCAAGAGAAUUGAAGAAGAAGGUGUCCGGAGACAAGAGUGGUAAUCAAGCAACAGGAUUGGUCAUAAGAGGUAGACAAAAUAACAGAACUUUUAACAAGCGAGGAAAGUCUCGAUCCAAAUCGAGAGCCAAGCAUGCUCGAUGUUACGAGUGCAAUGAGACGGGACAUUUCAAGAAAAAUUGUCCCAAGCUCAAGGAGAAGAAAGCUGAAAAAUUCGGUGAUGCUAACAUUGCUAGUUGCAGUGAUAAUUUAGAUGAUGGAGAUUGUGUUCUAGCUGUCUCUACAAACUCCUCUGGUGAGGAAUGGAUUUUAGAUUCGGGUUGCUCAUUCCAUAUCAAGAUGUAUGAUGGGAUGGUCAGAACAUUCAAGGUUCGUCAGGUGCCGAGUUUGAAGAAAAAUCUCAUUUCCAUGAGUGAGCUUGACUCCAAGGGUUGUCGAUACUCCUGUGCAGGUGGAGUUCUCAAAGUCUCUAAAGGAGCUCUCGUAAUAUUGAAGGGGAAGAAAGUUGGUGGUCUUUAUCACUUACAAGGAAGCACAGUCAAUGGCACAUGUGCUGUGUCAACUUCAAGCAGUCCAGAUAAAGAUGUAACUAGGUUAUGGCAUAUGCAACUUGGGCAUAUGAGUGAAAGAGGGAUGAUGGAGCUAAGCAAGCGGGGUCUUCUAUGUGGCCAGAAAAUUGGCAAGCUAGACUUUUGUGAGCACUGUGUUUAUGGCAAGCAGUGCAGGUUGCAGUUUGGCAAAGGAGUUCAUCGAACUCAAGGCACAGUUGAUUACAUUCAGUCAGACUUGUGGGGUCCCUCACCUAUUGCAUCAAAAGGUGGAGUUGUGUAUAUGUUGACUUUCAUUGAUGAUUAUUCAAGAAAGGUGUGGGUAUACACCUUAAAGAGUAAAAGUGACGUGUUCCUCACCUUUAAGCAGUGGAAGACGCUGAUUGAGAAGCAGACUGGAAAACAAAUCAAGCGUCUAAGAACAGAUAAUGGUCUUGAGUACUGCAGUGGUGAGUUUGAUAUUUUUUGCAAGAAUAAUGGAAUUAUGAGACAUCGCACUAUCAGGAUGACACCACAACAAAAUGGUGUUGUAGAAAGGAUGAAUCGUACACUCUUGGAGAGGGCACAGUGUAUGCUCUCAAAUGCUGGAUUAUCAAAGGACUUUUGGGCAGAAGCUGUCAAUCAUGCUAGCUAUCUUGUAAAUCGGUCUCCAUCCACAGCAAUUGGAUUAAAGACUCCAGAAGAAUUAUGGGAUGGUAAACUUGAGCCAAAGGUAGUGAAGUGCGUAUUUCUAGGGUACGCUUCCGAGGUAAAAGGCUAUAAACUGUGGUGUGUUCAAAAGUCACAUCGGUUCCUCUUGAGUAGAGAUGUAACCUUUGAUGAGUCUGUUAUGCUCCAAAAAGCAAAAGAGGAGUCUAUAAUUGCAAAGCCAAACCAUGGAGUUAUCAAUAAAGAAUCUCCUUAUUGGCUUGCUGCCAUGACAGAGGAGAUUGAGUCUCUACAUAAGAACCAGACAUGGAAGCUUGUGAAGCCACCAAAGGGACAAAGAAUUGUUGGAUGCAAAUGGGUCUUCAGGAGAAAAGAAGGAAUCCUAGGGGUAGAGACACCCAGAUUCAAGGCCAGAUUGGUUGUGAAGGGUUUCACACAACGAGAGGGUAUUGAUUUCCAUGAGGUAUUCUCUCCUGUGGUGAAACAUAGCUCUAUUCGUGUUUUACUUGCCAUGGUUACUUUAUAUGAUCUUGAGUUGGAGCAGCUUGAUGUAAAGACUUCUUUCCUGCAUGGUGAGUUGGAGGAACGGAUAUAUAUGUCUCAGCCAGAGGGAUUCAUAGUCUCAGGAAAAGAAGAUCAUAGUAGAUUCACUCGGAGCAACUAUGAUAGUUAUUUCUAUCAUAAAAAACUUGGAGAUGGUUCUUGGGUUUACUUGCUGUUGUAUGUUGAUGACAUGCUUAUUGCUGCCAAAAGCAUGUUAAUCAUUGAUGAUUUGAAGAAGCAGCUUAGUGGUGAGUUUGAGAUGAAAGACUUGGGUGCAGCUAAGAAGAUCUUAGGAAUGGAGAUUCACAAGGACCACAAGGGAGGUAAAUUGUUUCUCUCUCAAAAGAAGUACAUUGAAAAAGUACUUGAGCGGUUUGGCUUACAUGAAGCUAAAGCUGUGACUACUCCUUUGGGAGCACAUUUUAAGCUUUCAUCAAAUUUGUCACCAAAACCAAAGGAGGAGAAGAAGUUUAUGGCGCGUGUUCCUUAUGCGAGUGCUGUUGGGAGCUUAAUGUAUGCUAUGGUAUGUAAAGGACACUGGGAAGCUGUGAAGUGGAUCCUCCGGUAUUUACGAGGCACAACAGAUGUUGGACUAGUCUAUGAUCAGAGUGCUAAUCCGAGUGGAAAUAUAGUCGGAUUUGUCGACUUUGAUUUUACUGGUGAUUUGGACAAAAGGAGAUCAACUAUAGGAUAUGUCUUUACUCUCUCAGGGUGUGCCAUUAGUUGGAAAGCUACAUUGCAAUCAACAGUCGCCUUGUCAACAACUGAGGUAGAGUACAUGAAAAUUACUAAGGCAGUAAAGGAAGCAUUAUGGCUAAAGGGUUAGGUUAGUGAUCUCGGGGUAGAACAAAAUGAGAUGAUGGUGUUUUGUGAUAGUCAAAGUGCCAUUCACUUGACGAAGAACACCAUGUACCGCGAGAGAACCAAACAUAUUCAAGUUUGGUAUCACUUUGUCCGGGAGGUUAUAUCAAAUGGAGAUGUGCUCGUUGAAAAGAUAUCAACUAACGAGAAUCCUGCGGAUAUGAUGACAAAGCCGGUAAGUGGAAUCAAGUUCAAGCAUUGCU